CUCACCUGGCGCCGGGGCGGACAGCGCCGCGGCCCCUUUCCCCGCAGCGGCGAGGCUCUGGUGCCUGGGCCCGUAGCCGCCCCUCCUCCCGGAGCAUCGCCCAUCUGCCCCGCUGGGAACAUGGCGUCCGGCGGCUACCGGAGCAGCGGGGGCAGCACCACGGACUUUCUGGAGGAGUGGAAAGCCAAGCGGGAGAAGAUGCGGGCGAAGCAGGCGCCGCCGCUGCCAGCGGCACCGGCCGGGACUGACGGCAAAGUCCCCGGGAGCGCCGCCUCGGCGGCCGAGCUCAACAGCGCCCUGCACCCCGCCGCCCCGCCGCACCCCCCGGAGCGGGGCGCGCCGGCCCCCAGCGGGGGCACGAACUGUGUCCCCGUCGCCGCCAGAGCCGCUUCCAAGGAGCCCCCGCCCCCAGCCGGGGGCAGAGCGGCCGAGCCUGCGGGGAAGCCCCCCGGCUCGCCGGAGGAGGAGAAGGCGGCGGCGGCGCCGGCGAAGGGGAAAAGCUCCGGUCCCAGCGCCAGGAAGGGGAAGGGGCAGAUCGAGAAGAGGAAGUUGCGGGAGAAGAGACGAUCGACAGGCGUGGUGAACAUCCCCGCCGCCGAGAGUCUGGAUGAAUAUGACGAUGAUGAAACAGGACAGAAGGAGCGAAAGAGGGAAGAUGCUAUUACACAGCAGAAUACAAUGCAGAAUGAAUCUACCAGUGCAGACCCAGGGGGCUCGUACCUAAUACAGGAAUCCUCUAGAACAGUUUCAAGCAGAUGUAAAAGUGCAACUAAUGCACCUGAAGAUGAUGGUCCAAAUCGAUAUUCCCGAACAGACAGGACAGGAUAUAGCAGAUACAGCAGGGAUGCAAAUUCUUCUGGGAAUUCUGUACCAAGCAGUGCUUUGGAAAAGAGGGUUGAAGAACUUGAAAAGGAACUAGCCAAGGAGAGGCAAGAAAAUGUAAGAUUACUGAGGAUGACACAGGACAAAGAGGAACAGAUUGGGAAAUUGAAGGAAGAAAUUGAUUUAUUAAACAGAGACCUAGAUGAUAUAGAGGAUGAAAAUGAGCAAUUAAAGCAGGAAAAUAAGACCCUCUUAAAAGUUGUUGGACAGCUGACAAGGUAGAAGAUUCAAACCUCAGUGAGGAGAGAGAGAUUUAAAAACUACUGAUUGAUAAAGUCAACAUUACAAUAAUACUUCCUGUGUUGCAGUAUGUUAAAAUAACCAAGUCUUUAUAUUUAUUAUUAGGAAACCAGAUGGAUGUUUAUUUUCAUAAUACAUUCUUUUUCAUUCAGUAAAAUGGCAUCAACUUUUGUGGGUAUUUUUAACCUUACUUUUCACAUCAACAAUAAUUAACAAUUAUGACAUCUUUCAAAAACAUUAAAUUCAUGGUGGUUAUAUUAGGUUUUGUCUUCUGACUGCAUAUAAUCUGGUUAUAGUAGUUUAAAAAUCAGAGCACCAGGAUCACUUUUGGUCUUUGUUGGGUGUAUAUUUUUUUCUUGAAUGAAAGGAAGCAAUAAAAAUAAGCUUUGUUUACACAGAUCCAAAAUAUAUAUUUUGGGAGAUAUUUUCAUUUUGUUUCAGCCACUGUUAUGUGUAGGUGCCUUACUGAUGUGUAACAUUUUGCAGAUUGAUUACUUGUUCUGAAAUACAAAUCUUGUAUGUUGUGAGUUUUUUACUAUAUUUGAAAGACAAACAAUGUUUGAGUAGCGAUUUUCUUCUGUAUAGCAGUUGUCUUGGGGAAAAAUAACUUGUUUUAUUAAAAUUCAAUAAAUCAACUGUAGUUACCAACACGAAUUUUUUUGUAACAUGUCUAAGUUGUGCGCUAUAGUAUAUCAUAAUGCUUGUGCUUUAGCAGUGAAAUGCAAAUUUACUAUCCUACAGUAAGUUUGUUUUGUGUAUUGAGAAUAUAAACAAAGCCUGGAGCUUUCAUUUUGCAAAAGAAUUAAAACAUAAUUAUAUUUAAAUCUACCUAUUUUAAAUAUUUAGUGCUCAUAAUAAAUGAGAGUUUUAAGGGUUUUUAAAGCUGUGAUAAAGCUUGUUAUAAUGUAUGAAAGGGAAGUUUCAUAAAUUAUUUAGGCCUUUGAAAAACAUGAAGUAUGCAACAUACAAUAAAAACAUUCACUCUUGAUUGCCACUAAUGUGUAUGAAAAUUAAAGCUUGCAUAUGCAGUUAAUUUUAUCCACUUGGGGCAAUAUUCUAGCAUUGUUUUUUAGUGCAAGAUGACACUUUCGUGAUAUAUAAACCACUGUCUUCAGUCACAAAUAAUUCUAGCCUAAAAAUUCUUGCUAGACUGAAACUUAUGCUUGGACUCAUCCUGGUAGGGCAUAACUCAUCCCUGAUUUUAAAAAAUAUGUAAGUCAUUUGAUUUACAAAAUCAGCUUUAAAACCUUCCUGAAGUUCCAAGCAUUCUUCCUCUCAUAACCUGAAUAUACCAAAAUACAAAGUUUGAAACAUCUACAGUUUUUGUUGCCUUAAAAUAUAAAGAUAACAUUAAUACAUAAUGAUAGCCAUCUACAAAGAUUUGCCCAUAGCUUCCAUUUUGAGUUAAACAGUCUUUGUAUUUAAUGAGACUAAGGAAUUCUUAAUUUUUUAAAUCCAGGAAUUAUCACUUCAUGUUAGAUGCUUUGGUUUCGUUCUGAAUAUUGAACAGAUUACUUUGCUUUGUUUAUUUUAUAUUCCAGUGAGAGAGGAGAGAUUGAGAGUUUAAGACGUAUUACACAGUACGGUUACCUUCUAAUAUGCUUGGAAGUUGUUCUCACAGUAGGAGUGAGCCCACACAGUCUUACUCGGAGCUUAAAUCUUUAAUGCAGGGUUUAAUUGGCACAAGGAUAAAGAUAAUGAGUGAGCACUAAUCUAUAUCUUGCUCCAGCAAUAAUAAGUCCUUAAUUUGAUCACUUUUACAAAAUUGGAAAUUUAAACAUGUAGAGGGGGAAUAAACAACUUUAUAUAAUAUUCACACAUGUAAGCAGUCUUAAUGGAUCUGAACCUAACAUUGAAACUUUCUUUGAAAUAGCAUCUAUUUCCCUCUCCAUUUAAUCUGUAGGCAAAAUUUAAGGACUUGUAGAGUAUGCUUCCAAAUUUAUAUUUGAGGUAAUACCAAGAGAAUUUAGAUGCUCAAUGUCAUAUUCUGAACAUACAGAGACCAUAAUGUCAAAUAUAAACAAAGUUAUGAACUGGAUAGUUCUAAAUUAUAUUUCACAUAGAAUCACAGAGAAAAUGUAGGCCUGGAGUUGAUUUCAGGAGGUCAUGUCAUCCAGUCCCCUGUGCUGUAACAAAACCAAGUAUAGUUAGACUAUUCCUGACAAGUGUGUGUAUAACCUGUCUUUAAAAUCUCCAAAGACAGACUCCACAUCCUCCCAGGGAGGCCUAUUCCAGUGCUUAACUAUCUUUAUAGUUAGAAAGUUUUUCCUUGUAUCUAACCUAAAUUUCUCUUGCUGCAGAUUAAGCCCAUUACUACUUGUUCUACUUUCAGUGGGACACAGAACAGUUGAUAACCAUCAUUGUUAUAACAGUCCAUAACACAUUUGAAGACUGCCAUCAGAUCACCCCUUAGGCUUCCUUUCUUAAAACUAAACAUGCCCCCCUUUUUUUAACCUUUCCUCAAAGAUCAGAUUUUCUAAACCUUUCAUCAUUUUUC